AUGUCCUCUGCAUCGUCCCUCCCUGCCAAGGUGCCUGCGCCGGUGCCCGUCUCGAACACCACGAGCGCUGUUCAAAAGUUCGUUCAGGAUAAGGACUGGAAGUUCUAUGCCGCUGUUGCCUCGGUCUCCUUGCUUGCUGGAGCCGGUAUCUACUACCUCACCCGAUCCUCUUCUGAUGUCGACGCUGACGAGCCAAAAUCGACAAAGUCAAAGAACAAGAAGAAGAAGAACAAGAAAAAGUCGGCUGCCAACAAGGGCGCUUCCACUCCCGAGGAAACAGCAGAAAGCCCAGCUUCAUCUGAAAAGGCCAAGGAUGUCGCCAAGGAAUCUGACGACAAUGUGGAGACCAUGAGUGCCGAGACGAUUGCUGGACUUUCUGAAAAGAAACGUCUGGAGAACUCUAACAUCCUGAAGACUCGUGGCAACAGCAUGUAUUCGGCCAAGAAGUGGGAUGAGGCCAUUCGUCUCUAUACCCAGGCGAUUGCCUUCAACCCUGACCCAGUGUUCUACAGCAACCGUGCUGCAUGCUACUCGAUUAUUCACAAGUUUGACAAGGUCAUCGAGGACACCACCUUGGCUUUGAAGAUGAAUCCCACCUAUCAGAAGGCGCUCGGACGACGGGCCCACGCGUAUGAAAGCACCGGCAAACAUCAAGAGGCCAUGCACGACUUUACGGCACUCUGCAUCCUGGAUGGAUUCAAGAACGAGUCGUUCGCUCAGUCCAUGGAGCGUAACUUAAAGAAGGUGGCAGACUUCAAGGCCAAGGAGAUCCUGAAGACGCGCGAAGAGCGUCUCCCAUCAAAGACCUUUAUGUCGGCGUAUUUGGAUUCUUUCAGGAAGACGCGUGUGCCUGAUACCAGGCCCGCAGACGAAGUGACUGGCGAUGCUCAGUUCGAGUUGGCAGAGUACUAUCUUGGACAGAGGGAGUACCAGAAGGCAAUGGAGGCCUACAACAGGGCGAUCCAGCUCAAAACCACUCACAUGGCAAAGGCUCUCAACAUGCGCGGCACAUUCACCUUCUUGAUGGGCGAUGGAAAGAAGGCAUUGGCUGAUUUCGACAAAGCAAUCGAACUCGACCCUAACUAUGUUCAGACCUACAUUAAGCGUGGUAGCAUCUUCAUGGAGCAGGGUGAUGCUGCCAAGACCUUCCACGAGUUCGAGACGGCCAUUUCGAUCGAUGCAGAGGAUCCUAACAUCUACUAUCAUCGUGGUCAAGUCUACUUCAUUACUGGAGAAUAUGAAAGCGCUGCAAAGGACUACAUCAAAUCAAUUGAGCUGGAACCCAAGUUUGUUUUCUCUCACAUCCAAUAUGGUGUGGCCCAGUACAAGAUUGGAAACAUCUCGGAUGCCAUGAAUAUUUUCAAAAAGGCGCUCAAGGACUUCCCAGAAUCAGGAGACGUCAACAAUUAUUACGGAGAAUUGCUGUUGGAUCAGCAGCAAUUCGACCAGGCUUUCGAGCGCUUCGACAAGGCCAUCAACCUGAAGCCCUCCAACCCUCUUCCUUACAUCAACAAGGCGCUUUUGGUCUUCCAAUGGAAACAGGACCCAGCAGGUGCUGAGAAACUGUGCCUUCAGUCACUCGAUGCUGACCCUGAGUGCGAUGUUGCAAUUGCCACCCUUGGACAGCUCUUCCUCCAGCAGGGCAAGAUCGAGCGAGCCAUCGAGUACUUCGACAAGUCGAUCGAUAUGGCUAGGACAGAGGCUGAGUUGACGAGUGCUCUCGGUUUCCGCGAAGCUGCCAACUCGCAGUUGGUGUUCGCAAGAGACUACCCUGAGCAAUCCAAGGCUCUCAAGCGCUAA